CUUUAUUUUACAUUACUUGGACAUGCCGAAAGUUCCUCAAUUUUUUUUACACCACUUUACCUGGGUUAUCAGAUAAAAUGUAGUACAUUUAAUCCAAAAACAAAUUGAUAAAACCUCGUACAACCGCAGUUAACAUAUACGUAAACAAACCUAUGAAAUCGCAGACAAAAUAGAAUUUUGAUUCAAGCCCAUUUACACUUAUGAACCCCUUUAUUAUGUUUCAUUAUUUAUCGACUAUUUUCUAAUUUUAGCUUUUAAUUGUGUUUCAGCAUUGACUACAAAGAUUUGUGUAAGAUCAAGAAGGGAGUCUGAAAAAGAUGGUAUUUUUAUAGGAUAUUUAUAAUAUCAAAGGGGAUUUAGCAUGCAAACCAAUUUGGAUAUGAAAAAGAAGCAGAAGAAGCAGGGUGAUAAAGAAUCUAACAAGAAGGAGAAUCCUUAUGCAAACUGGACUCAAGAGGAGGAUGGUAUACUAAAAGAUCAGAUUGGAAUUCAUGGAACUGAAAAGUACACACCCCCAUUACGUGGAUGAUUAUUGCAUCAAAAUUAAAGGGAAAAACAACAAGACAAUGCAGAAGAAGAUGGUUCUCUUAUUUGAAUGCUGAUGUCAAGAAAGGUGUGUGGUCACCGGAUGAAGACAAGGUAUUGUGUGAGACCCAAAAAAUGUUAGGGAACAGAUGGACAGAAAUAGCAAAGGUGAUUAGAGGCAGAACUGAUAAUGCUGUGAAAAAUCGUUUCUCUGCACUCUGCCGGAAGAGAGAAACAUAUGCAGCAUUAGCAAAAGAGAACAACAUUCCAUACAUUGAUCCAAAUAACAUUAGGAAUAUUUCCCAUCAUGGUCAUGAUACAGCUGCAACGUCAGAAUCUACAGUACCCGUUAAAAGCAUGAGAUCACAUUUGCAAAAUGGAAUUUCAACGAAUCCGCAGCCAAGAACACUGUUUGCUGAAUUAGCUCAAAACUCCAAUAAUGUAAACAAUCUGCAAGGCACGUGCCAUGUUUCCAAUGCUAAAUCUAACAGUUCCGGCCAGUAUAACAACAGUCAAGGAACAUUCCUCAAAGAGGAUGUUUUGAAGAUAAGGGCAUGUGGACAGACAGAAUUUCUAAGUUCACUAGCUCAAAAAGUUGAAAUAGAGAACAUUAAAAAAAUAUGGAUGGUUCUUCAAGAGUUUCCGAACAGAACAAAAGGAUCAGAUAUUGUUAGACAUAAAAUUCAAGAUUUACCGCCUGUAAUUCUUAAAGAUAUGGUUGAGGAAUUGAAGAGUAGUAAUGACAGAGGCCAUCCCUGCUCGAGGAAAAUAAACGAAGACUCUCCAGGAAGUUCGGAAUACAGUACAGUAUCAACUCUGCUGUCUCAGUCAAAUGGUGAUAACGUGGAAAGGUCAUUGCAUCAGGAUAUUGGAACUCAAAUGAAAGCUACACAAUUCAUAGUUAAAAAAGAAGUGAUUGAAGAUGUGAAAGGGGUUCUUUAUACUGGAAAAGUAGAACAAGCAGAUAUGUUGGAUUACUGUAACGAACAGAUAAACGAUCACUACGUUGUGUCUGCUUCACCAAAAAUGGAAUUCAGUUCCCCUCUUCAAGUGACCCCUAUUUUCAGAUCCUUGGCUGCAGGAAUUCCCAGCCCAGAAUUUUCUGAAAGUGAAAAGUACUUCCUAAAGAAAACACUAGGAGUGGAGUCUCCAUCCAUCAAAACAACUUUCAACCCGUUAAAAUCGCCACCAUGCAAAAGAGCCCUUCGAUAUAAUUUAUGAUUCAUUUGAGAUACAAAUAUUCAAAUGUAAUCUCUAUCUCAUCUGACAUACAAAAGAGCCCCAUGUCGGAGUCCUUUGUUCUUAUCCUUGGCAAUUUGGUAUUUGAAGAUUUUCUCAUGCUCAUUUGAGAAUGAUUGUAAUCUGUCUUUAAGUUUUGAAAGGCAUGUGCUACCAAAGAAUGUUAUGAUUCAUUCUUGUAGCAUCAUCCCUUUCUUCCUCUCUUGUCUCAAAAUUACCUUUUUGAUGCUUGCACAAAAUAUUUGUGUGCUUAGUGUAUCAUUCUAUGGUUGUCUUUUUUUGAUAUUGUUCUGGGUUUGGGUUUGUUUUUCUCCAAUCCAGCUUUUUCUCAUUUCUUUUCUUUUUUUGUAGAGUCUGUUGUGUAAUCAUUAGCAUCAUGAGCAUGGGUACAUAAACAUUUUGCCUAUCCUACUAAGCCUAUGUUUGGUUUAGCGUUGAAGCCGUGUGGCAACAAUGUGGAAUUGGACUUUUCCGAACACAUGCUUACGUAGAAUAUGGAGAGAAAAGAGUUGAACAGGAUAAGCAGUGGCAACUUGGAUUCUUAUGUUAUUUUGGGUUUAGGGUUAGGAUUCACAUGUAAUGAACACUUUUCCCCCUGUUGGCUUUGAUGUACUGAAACUUUAAUAUAAUAGAGUGGAAUUGCAUUUUGGUUUUGGUGGGUA